UCGUUUCUCCCGCUCUGGAAAGUCCGCCAGAACACGUGCGUGUGACAUUCCGCGGCGAUUUGUUUUCAUUUCUGAUUGCUGCCUCGAAUGCGGCCGGGACGUACCAGUGCGUUUUCCUUUCCAUUCGAAUACUUUUGAAUCAUUCUUCCGUUGUUGACACCUGUUUUCGUGUUUAUAAGUUUCAAACGAAUGCCCAUUCCUGGAAGAGAAAUAAAAUCGAGUUCGGUUGUUGGAUACUUCUCUAAAAAAUGUUUAAUUUCUAAAAAGCUGAAAUUCUUACCUUAGCGAUUUCAUUUGUUCUGAUCUUCGAGUAUUCGUAUUCAUUUGAAAAUAAUAAUCGAAGUGAACCCUGCGUUUUGACAACGACGGUCCUCAAAUAUUUGGAUUCAUCUAGAUAGAGUGUCAUUGAAGCGAACCCUGCUUUUUGAUAGCGUCGAUCUUCGAGGAUUUGGGUUCACCUAGAAGAACAACAUUGAAGUGAACCCAGCUUUUUGACAGCGACGGUACUCGAGUAUUUGAAUUCAUUAAGUUAGAAUAGCAUUGAAGUGAACCCUGCUUUUUGACAGCGACUGUGUUCGAGUAUUUGGAUUCAUCUAGAACUGCUAGAACCCUGCUUUUUGACCGCGACGGCCGCCAUAUAAUAUAAUCGCUCGGGGCUACGGGCUGCAUGUCAUUGAUUGACGAUUGAACAGUGAUUGUGAUCUUCAGCUUGAGGAUGAAACCUUUUCUGGAUGUACCGCUUGUGCUGUUGGUGAUGAUGGCCUGCAGUUGCUGGUCCCUCUCGGCCGCUCUGGGGGCCGGCGCCAUCUACCUGGGCCCCGAGUGGGGAGGGGCGGCCGCCCUGCGCCCUUCUCAGCCCUCGUGCGUCGACAUCCCCGAGAACUUGACUCUGUGCCGAGGAAUUGGGUACACCCGGAUGCGCCUGCCCAACCUUUUGGACCACGACUCUAUGGCAGAGGUGGGGCAGCAGUCCUCUUCGUGGGUGCCCCUCUUCAAUCUCAAGUGCCACCCGGAUACUCAGCUCUUCCUGUGCUCCCUGUUCGCCCCCGUCUGCCUGGAUAGGCCCAUCUACCCGUGCCGCUCUCUCUGCGAGGCGGUUCGGACCGGCUGCGAGGGCCGGAUGAGGGCCUAUGGCUUCCCCUGGCCGGACAUGGUGCGAUGCGACAAAUUUCCCCUCGACAACGACAUGUGCAUCUCCGUCAUGGCCAACACCAAUACAGAGCCGCAAAGUUGCAGCGCUUGCAAUCAGCCUGACACCUACGAGAACAUUAUCGACAACUACUGCAGAGCAGAUUUUGUCAUCAAGACAAAGAUCCGUCGCCUCCAGCGUGGCAAGCUGUCCUGCAAGCGCGCCCGCAUCCUCAAGAUCCGGGAGGGCUCCGUGAGUCGCCGCGAGGUCCGGCGACCCACGCUCCGGCACGCCAACUUGAGCACCUGCUGCGGCGAGCUGGCGAAGCACGCCGGCAAGAAGGCUCGCCUGCUCGUCAUGGGUAACAGGGAGGGAGAAGGCACGCUCACGCCCACCUUCAUCAUGGAAUGGCAAGACAGCGUGGCCUUCAAGGGCGCCGUCAGGGCUAUGAAACGCAUCGACUGUUCGAAUCCGCAGAUCAUCUCCGAGACGGUGGAGGAGGGCGGUAACGCAGACGAGAGCGAGCGCCGAAGGAGAUCCAAGAAGCGCCCCCUGUCGGCGAAGAAGAAGAAGAAGGCCAACCGCCACCCUCCCAGCGGAACACUGGCAGUGGUCAGCGGAGGACCGGCCCCCACUUUUCGCACGUAGACCACCACUCCAACAAGUUUACCACCUCUGAUCGGUGCACACGACUCCUGAGACAAUUAUUUACCCAUUUGACAGACAACAUAUUUCAAUCGUCAAAUGGCUAAACAAAACAUUCACGUACAGAAAAAUGAAAGAGACUGAAUGCCUAUCUAUCUGCAAUAUUUCUC